AUGAAGUACAGCUUCGUCGCCUUCCUCGCCGCCUCGGCCAGUGCGGCCCCUCUUAACAUCAACCUGGGCGCUUAUUCUCCCGCCUUGGUGGUCGGUGAUGGUGAAAUUUCUUUCGCCGGAGCCCAAGGAGCAGAGGGUCUUGUGAACACCCUUCAAGGCGCAGCAGCCGCCAGCAACGGAGCCGUUGCCCAAGGCCAGGCCGUUGCCCCCGCCGCCGCCGCCCCCGCCGGCGAGGGUCUCCAGCAGGCCUCGGUUAUCAACGAGCCGGUAAGGUCCCGCUCUCUUGGCGUAACCAAGGAGCUUGACCCCCGUCAGGAGGCCGAGGAUGAGGAGGAUGAGGACGAGGUAGCCGAGCUUGAGGCUAGGGAGGACGGUGCUCAAGAAGGUGGCCUGAUGAAGCGCCAGAACGGCUUCGACCGAGCCCUGACAUACGCCGAGGCCGCUCUCCAGAAGGGCCCCAAGAUCCAGCUCGGAACUCCAGCGGCCGGCGUCGGUAUCAUCGUCGACAACAACCAGCAGGCCGCCGGAGCUGUCACACCGGCCGAGUAA